GGAUAUGUUGAACGAGCAGCACUUCUGAAUUUAACUCAAGCCCAACCUGAGGAACUUUGACAGUUUUAUUUCAGACAUAACCCUGUGCACUGUACUGGUGAGCAGGCCAAAGAUGGAACCCAAUUUCUAUACUGCACUCCAAGGCUAUGAGACAAACAGAACCUUUUUCACCUAUUUUUCUGAAUUCAGGUCCUCCGAGCAAAUUCUUAUAGUUACCAUUGAGACAAUUGUGCUGGUGUUGGUUUUUCUGAUCUCCUUGCUGACCAAUGUCUGCAUGAUGGCACUUAUCAUAAAGGGCAAGAAACUCAUCAAUUUCCAGUGUCUGGUGCUGAAUCUCUUUCUGGCUGACAUUGUGUUUGUGGCUGUUAUCCCAAUCAUCAUUGUCGUUCGCUGGACUGAAUCAUGGACACUUGGAGCUUACACAUGUCGCACCCUUUUGUAUGUCAUGGCCACAAGUGGUGAGGUGACCAUCAUCACUGUAGCUGCCAUUAGCAUCGAGCGAUCCACCUCCAUCCUCAACCUACGCUUGAAAGCUCCCCUGCAUUGUAAAUUGGUGACAGCAGUUGUGCUGCUAGUCUGGCUGUUUUCUGCCAUCACAUCUCUACCUCUCUGUAUAUAUUUUCAAGUGAAGACCAUCCAGGUUAAAAACCAGGAUUAUCAGAUUUGCACCCUGGUGUGGCCCAAUACAGUGCACGAGAUCAGCUGGGAUGUGACAUAUGGCCUGUUGAUCUUCAUCAUUCCAGGUUUAAUCAUUGUCAUCAGCUACACAAAGAUAUUAAAGAUUACCAAAGCCACCAGGGAAAGAUUGCAAGCCAGCAGGCUGUGCUCAGCUCACCAACAACAAAUCCGAGUUUCCAGACAGGAUUACUGGCUCUUCCGGACACUCCUGCUCCUCAUGAUUUCCUUCUUUAUCAUGUGGACACCUAUUUCUCUUAGCAUCUUCUUGAUUCUAGCACACAACUGUGGAAAAGACUUGUUCCUAACCUCCACCUUGUUUUUCUGGAUCUGUACAUUUACACUCACUAACUCAGCUGUGAAUCCUAUUUUAUACGGUGCCACUCAGUUCAAGGGCGAAUGGCGACAAAUGCUCUGUUUCUACCAUAUGAAAAGCAGUGGCACAACAGCACAAGAACAUUCACUUCCAAAAGUCAGAACUCAAGUGUCACAGACAGCACCUUCUGUUAUUUGCAACUAAAUGACCAAAGAAAAUAUAUAAAAUGAACUUUAUGGAAUAAAUUACAUGAAUGGAUCAAGGAGACUCUAAUGGGUACUCAGGUGGGAGAGCUGGUAUUAUGAAAGUCCAAUGACACAAAUCUUUAUGAUUUGCUGUCUUACAUUUCCCUUUACUCUUAUUAAAUCUGACAUUAAAGAAAGAAGCAGAAAAUGUUGGGGAAACUCAU